CGAUGGUAUUGCAGUGCACUGAUGUGUGCAGCCGAGAUCGAACAUUUUCCUCAUAACCUCGAUUUUUCAACUGCGAAAUCAUGAGGCAAUCUCUGCGCUUCUGGAAAAACAUGAAAUUAUAAAAGAGAAUCACUGUUGACACUCUAUCUGAUGACAGAAAUACAUUGCCUGAUCAAUAAACUCGCUUAACUUUAUUUACCAAGUGCGGAAAAUCGCCAUUAAAAUGGGCAAGACAGCUUCCCGGAUGACACGACCCUUAAAAAAUUGGAAUAUUGAGAACAGAGCACACAAAGUUAUCUCGAAAGAAAAGCCAACGGUUGCACCCACUUAUUCCUCCACUCAAAAGCAAAUAGAUUUGGUUAAUCAAUUGGAUCCAGAAUACAAAGAUAGGUCUCAGAAAAAAGAUCCAGGACUUGAUGAUAACCUUAGGCAAGUGUUUGUUAGAACAAACUCGACCGAGGUUCAAGAAAUCGAUUCAAGAUCAAAUCCUAAUCGACCAUUGCCCAAAGAGAAAACCUUGCAAGAAGGUUUUGAAUUUGGUUUUUAUGAAUCAACAGUAGUAAAAGAUGGUAAAGUUUCUUUGCGACAAGCAAUGGAAUUCAUAAAUAAUCAUAAGAAAAAUCCAGAAAAAUACACUGCCGAGGCAAUAGCCAAGGAGUUUAAAUUAGAUUCUAAACUGACAGCUAACAUUCUAGAAUUUUACAAGAUCUUUGAAGUUCGUGAGACAGAAAAGCAUCAUAAUAAAGAUGUUAUAGCCAGAGUAUCUGUAUCACAAAGGUCUGGUAUAACGGUAAAACAUCCUAUAAAACCAAAGAGGGUUGAACCAAAACUGGACGAAGUCAAAAAGACAAGAGUUCUGCGGCAAAUUGAAGAUAAAUGAAAGUUCCAAGAACUGUUCAAAUGUUAUUGUUUGAAUUCCUUGAAAAUAGUUUGUAAAUAAAAUAUGUAUAGAUGUAUUCAUAUGAAAAUAGACUCUUUAUAAAAAAAAAAAAA